CAUAUGAUCGUCAAUGAAAUGGAUGAUUUACUUGAUUCUCUAAUGAAGGAAUACGACGAUGAUGGUAAAGAUGAGCCAGAAGACGUCCCACCUCCUUCUUAUUGUGAUGAAUUAAUGACAUUAAUGAACGAAAGCCGCGUUAACGGAUCCCUUUGCGAUGUAAACUUAGUAGUCGAAGACGAAACAUUCCCAGCACACAAAAUAGUGUUAGCAGCUGGCAGUCAAUUCUUCAAUGGACUCUUUAACUCAGAGAUGAAGGAAAAACAACAGAAGAAAAUAGUUUUAAAGGAAGUAAAAUCAUCAGUGAUGGAGAAUCUACUUGAAUACAUGUACACCGGAAAGACCGAAGUCCACGAAGAGAACGCACAUGACUUGGUCAGGGCCUCGAGCUAUUUUCUUGUUGAUGGUCUUAAAGAAGUAGCAAGUUCCUUUAUUUGUUCGUGUUUGAGUUUAGAAAAYUGUCURAAGACGAGGGAAUUUGCUGAGAAAUACAACUGUCGCUCUUUAGAAGAAAGUUGCAAGGAAUUCCUUAGGAAUAAUUUUGUUGAUAUCAUUGAAGAUGAAGAGUUUUAUAAUCUUGAKUAUGAGAGCAUAGAAGAGUUGGUUUCUAAUGAGGAUACAGCUAUAAACAAAGAGGAAGUAAUGUAYGAGACAGUUAAAAAGUGGGUGAUGAAGUCUGCAGCUACACGCAAGAAGCAUUUCAAGAGUCUCUUUUGCCACAUUCGUCUUCAGCAAAUCUCUAAAAAAUAUCUAAACACUGUUAUUUUGAAAGAUGAACUAGUUACUGGUACUAUGUCUUGUAUGCAGUUUGUGUUGCAUAGUUUAAGUACAAUGGAUUCCCUUCCUCCACUUCUAAAACCACGAUCGGCCAUUGAUGAACAUAARGAYGCKGUUGUUAUAUGUGGUGGAUUUGAUGCUGACAACACUCCAACAACCUCAGCUAUGUGUUUCAUUCCGUCCCUCAAUGAGAWUGAAUCCUGGAGGUUGCUAGCUCCCUUGUCUUCUCCUCGSUAUGGGAGCAGCUCRGCCUUCUGUGGUGGCUUCUUGUACUCAAUYGGAGGAUGGGAGCCYCCAGACGAUGGUGAUGAACCAGUUGAUGUUGCCGUUAAAACWGUUGAAAGAUACGACCCAACUACAAACACCUGGCURAAGGUUGCACCUCUUCCRAAUGAGCCAGAAAGAUGGGUGACUGCCACRUCUCUUGAUGGCAAGAUUUACGUGCUCUGCACAAGUAACAAUCUCUUCAGCUAUGACCCAACUCAAAAUAUCUGGGAUUGUGUCCCCUCUACUCCAUCUAAUGAAAGUGAGAUCCAUGGYGCAUGCCUUGUUGCUUGCUCCAGCAACUUGUAUGUUAUUGGUGGAUUGGACGUCAAUAACACAGUUAUGAGCAGAUCUUUGAAGUUUGAUCCCGAGACAUUAGAGUGGUCGCUGUUGACCCCCAUGAGUGUGCAACGGUACUUGGCAUCGGCAGUGACAAAAGCAAAUAGAAUAUAUGUGAUUGGUGGUCUCAAGCAAUAUGAGAGUGAUGCUAUGGGGUGUGCACUUGGUAGCUGUGAAGUGUACAAUAUUGAAAGAGAUCACUGGGAAAUGCUACCAAAGCUUCAGAACCCAAGAUAUUCAGYUGGAAUAGCAUGCAUUUGGGAUGACAUUUAUAUCUUUGGAGGGGAACACGAGGGCGAGACACAGGACAAUGUGGAGUACUUCAAUCAAGAGAAGGGUCAUUGGGAAGUUGUUACAACAAUGCCGUGCCGUAGCUACUUUAGUUGUCACUGGGUUAGGAUGCCUGUUAAUUACACUCAGCUCGACGUGAUCAAGCCUGAGUCAUUUGCUUUAUUGUAGCAAUAAAUACUAUAAGAGUGUUCAAAACAUAGGUAAAUUUUAUAUAUUGCAAAGUACAUUUUCAGGAACACAUCCUGUGAUCUGUUGCUUGUUCCUUGCUGAGCAAACAGAUGAUUACAAUGAGAGUUCCCAGGGUGCACAAARCACAGCUGUUUUAAUAAUUUAUAUAGUUAAAAGGAGUGAAGUUUUAAAUAUAAGUGAGGAUAAAAAUCUACUUGCAUGCAAAUAAAACAUACAAUAAAUUAUAAUAAAUGUUGGUGGAGAGGAUUCAUUUUAAGACUGUGAUCACUUAGGGCCUAGCAUUUACACUUA